CUCGAAACUGGCGUCUGGAGCUGUUCGUUUGUCGAGUGGAUCUGCUGACGACAAAGCUGGAGCCAUAUCGUUGAGUGGGGGUACCGGCAGCACUGGUGGGUCGAUUGUACUUGCGGGUGGUGAAGGCUCAAGCCGAGGCGGGUCAUUUGCCGUGAAAACGGGAAACUCUCCCCAAUCUGGUGGCGACAUCUCGCUCGAGUCAUCUGGUCGCAUUUCUGUCGCAACUUUAGGCUCCAAUUUGACCAUGGAUACACAUGGUCAGAUUGAAAUGAGUGGAACUACCGUGCGGGCAUCCGGUGAGAGCAUUUCAGCCGAAGUCAAGCAUUCCUUCGAAUUAUCUCAUGUGAACGCCGAUGGCACUCCCAACGUGACAUUUCGCGCCCUGAGUGACCUGGUUAUCAGUCAUGUUCCGCUUCAAGUACCCAAGCUGUUGACUCCUUCGGACGAGCGUAUCAAGACUGAUAUCAAAGCCAUUGACCACGAGGACAUUUUCCACCGGUUGCAAGACCUUCAAUUGAAGUCGUUCAAAUACGAUCGAGAAUGGGGGGAAAUGAUGGGGGUUGAUGACGAAACUGUGCGUGGCUUGAUCGCCCAGGAGGUUGCUGACAUCUUCCCCGAGUAUGUGACGGUGAAGUCGGAGUUUCAUCUCACCGACCAUGGCCUUCGCAUGGAGAACUUUACUCAAAUCAACCAGCAGGCCAUUAUCGUCGACUUGUUGGCUGCCUUGCAAGCACAACAGAAGCGAAUUUCGAUUUUGAAAAACUCUCCGGGUUCCACCGGCGCUGUCCACGUUUCGACAGCUAACACUGGAGAUUACGUUGGCAGUCAAGAAUCUGGAAGUACAGGUGCCAUCAAUAUUUCCACAGGUGCUUCAUUUGGCGGAACGUCAGGUGCGAUUGAUGUUUCUUCUGGAGACUCGACCAGUGGGUCCGCUGGAUCUGUUCGAAUUGCUGUUGGCACCAGUGGAAACGCGGAUGGCCAAAACCUAGUGUUUUCUGCGGGUAACACUAAUGGCUCAUCGUUUGUUGGUGGUUCAGUCGUCUUGGCAUCGGGUACUGGACGAGAUUCAUCAAGUGGUGCAAUCGACGUUGCGUCGAGUGCGGCUGGGUCGAUUGGUGAGAGUGGUAUCGUCCAAGUCCGCACUGGUAAUUCAAACCUUGGCAGGAGUGGUGUUCUGAAACUCCAAACGGGAGACUCAUCUCAGUCCACAAGUGGUGACAUUCGAGUGUUGGCUGGAAGUGGGUUGACUGGCGGUACGUUGUCAUUGCACGGUGGACAAUCCAGCCGAUUUAAUGGCGGUGCUGUGAAUCUGGCGUCCGGAUCAAGCGCGAAUACAGUGUCUGGUGACAUUGACAUUCAGUCUGCGGACAGCAAAGUUCGUUCAGGAGCUGUCCGUAUCAGUACAGGCAACACAACUGAAGGUCGAAGUGGCCCUUUAACAGUGUCUACCGGUGCCAACGGGAAAUUGAAUGUGCAUUCAGCAAGCGUAUUGUCGCUUCGCAGUCGCGCGAAUAUGGAAAUCCACACUGAAGACAGCAGCACUGGAAGUGGCAACGUCCACAUCUCCAGCGGAACAGUGAAUUCCUUACCAGGCUCCGUCCAAGUGUUGGCUGGUGGUAGUAACACAAAUGCUUCUGGUGGUUCAAUUCAAUUGAUCGGCGGAUUAUCUACUGCUACGGGGACACAGUCUGGCGAUGUUAUUGUCAGCGCUGGUGGUAGCGUUGAAGCUCCCUCUGGUGCUGGUGGACGUAUUCGUAUCAGUGGAGGGCAGAGUAUUUCAAACAAUGGCGGCGAUGUGGAAAUAUUGUCGGGGGUUGGGCGAAACGGCGGCAAGCUGAGUUUGUUGACGAGUGAUAGCUCGACCGAAUCUGGAUCAGUUUUGCUUGCUUCAGGUGAUUCUUCCCAAGGCCGGUCGGGAGAAGUCAAAAUCAAAGUGGGUUCGUCAGUUGGGCAAGCGUUGGUUGGCAGUGCAUUGUCCUUGGCGGCAGGAGAUGCAUCCACCUUGGGUGGUGACGUUGCAAUUCAAUCGGGUCAAGGCCAAGCUGCGAGUGGUAAGAUUAGUUUACGGACGAGCACUGGUGUUUCCAGUGGCAACUUGGAGCUACAAACCGGAAAUGCUUCGUCUCGGGUCAGUGGCAACAUCGUAUUGAGGCCUGGAAAGUCAGACUUGCUCGGUGGAAAUGUCGUCUUGAGUGGAGGGCAAAGUACCAGCCAAGGUGGCGAUGUUAAACUGUCAUCUGGAGGCGGAGCGAAAAGCGGUGUGGUGUCUAUUUCAACCGAUGGGGGCGAUACGAGUGGUCCAAUUACAGUGAGUACCGGAGAUGCGUUGGGCGAAGCAUCGGGGUCACUUAAUUUGGAAACUGGCUCCUCCUCGCGAGGUUCGGCUGGAAGUAUUCGAGUUGCUGUUGGAUUGAGUGACGACGUUGGUGGAUCAAUUUCCCUUUCGGCUGGAAGUACACCGGCACAGAAUGGAGGCAAUGUGGAGCUUCAGAGUGGGUUCGGGUCCGAAUCUGGAGGGUACAUUCAACUUCAUACCCGACAAUCCGGCCACGUAUUCCUCUCCACUGGCAGUACAAAGCAGCAAUCGUCAGGAAACGUUCAAGUAUCCACCGGUGUCUCCGACUCUGCAGAUGCUGGUGACAUCAGCAUUGCAGGUGGUCAAAGUACUUCCAAGAGCGGAGGGUCCGUACGAGUCCACUCAGGCUCAAGUGGCCAUGGCCAUGGUGGUGCAAUUGACGUUGUUUCUGGAAUGAGUAAAGAGGCGCAAAGUGGCGGGGUCAAUGUUUCAACAGCUUACGGUCAGCGUUCGGGGGGUGUCGUGAUUUCCAGUGGAAACAGCUCGUCAGCCGCUGGUCAUGUCACGCUGUCGACCGGAUCAUCGGGUACAGAUGCUGGUGGAAACUUGAACCUUGUCGUUGGUAACAGUGCCGACGAUGGUGGCAAUGUCGUUGUUCUUGGCGGUGAAAGCAGUCAUCGCACUGGUGGUGACGUCACACUUUCAAGUGGCACGAGCGAGGUGAUAACUGGCGAUGUGUCCAUUGAUUCUGCAAACUCGACUUCUGGGUCGACUGGUACCGUUCGCGUUGCAUCAGGCAGCAGUCUCAUGAAUGGUGGUACUGGACGUGUUGUGAUUUCGUCCGGGUCAACAGUCGAUGGCUCAUCCGGAAAUGUUACCGUGCGGUCAGGAAGUACUCAAAACGGAGAGAGUGCUGGAUUUGUGCGUAUCCAAGGUGGCCUGAGUAAGUUUGGAGAUGGUGGUGGAGUUUCUAUCACUACGGGCUCGUCCCAAACCAAGGGAGGGGCACACUUGGUUCUUGAAAGCGGAAGCAGUUCGUUUGACAACGGCGGCGAUAUUUCAAUUCGUACAAGCGGCUCGGACAAAAAGGGCUCCAGUGGCAAAAUUUCUUUAGCCACCAGCAACUCGGAAGGAAGAUCUGGAUCACUGUCACUGUCAACGGGUAACUCUACCUGGGGUACAGCGGGUCGAAUCACUAUGAGUGUCGGAUCCAGCCGAUUGCAAAAUGGGAGCAGUAUCACCAUGCUCAGUGGCUCAGCGUCGACUGAUACUGGUGAUGGCGGGUCCAUUUCAUUGCAAAGUGGAUUCGGACCACACACUACUGGGGAGAUCAAGUUGGCCACCGCGAGUGCAGCACAAGAUGGUUUGUCCGGAAAUGUGAAGCUUCGAACGGGGCCGACAAGUUUGAAGCCAGCGGGAAAUGUAUCCAUCCAGGGCGGGUCUUCUGCGCAGAAUCUGGCUGGUUCAAUUUACCUCGAAUCAGGCAAUAGCACUGGAAAGACGGGACAUGGCGGUGACAUUAUUCGGGUGGAAUGGGAAAGAGCGGUUCCAUUGAACUUGCUACCGGUGGAUCACCAAUUGCAAGUGGUGGAUUAUCACUACUUGGCGGCAACUCAAACGCUGGCCAAGGCGGGGGUAUUCAUAUUGCUGCCGGUGACAGUGGAGGCGACGCUCUACUCGGUUCUGCAGUCUUGA